UUCCCUCCUCCCUUUUCAGUCCCUGCUGGCUGCUGAAGUAGCUCAUGUUCCUAUGGAAGGUUUUGCAUCCACUCCCAAAUUGCUUUGGGUAAUUCUACUACUAUGUGCUUUAAGUGGAAGGUCCACAGAGGAUACUUCAAAGGCUUUACUGUCCUUGAAUCCUCCAUGGAACAGAAUUUUCAGGGGAGAGAAUGUGACCCUUCACUGUACGGGGUCAGGCACCUCACAUAGCAACCAGACCUGGUGGUUCCAUAAUGAUUCCAGAACCUCAGUUCAAACUCCCAGCUACAGCAUCAUUUUUGCCAACCUCAGGAACAGUGGAGAAUAUAAGUGCCAGACAAGUGAUUCUGCCCUCAGUGACCCUACAUAUAUAGGAGUCUACAGUGACUGGCUGCUUCUCCAAGCCUCACUUACGAUCAUAAAAGAGGGAGAACCCUUACUUCUGAGUUGCCAUAGUUGGAAGAACCAACCUAUCUACAAGGUGAUUUUCUACCAUAAUAAUAAACCUCUCAAAUACUGGUAUGAGAACCACAACUUCUCCAUUCCUUUUGUUACAAGAAACAAUAAAGGCUACUACCACUGCACUGGCAAACGACGGGACAUAAUCUACACUUCAGAGAGUCUCUAUCUUGAUUUCAAAGCUGAAAAAGGUACUAUCAGCCUUAUGCAAUUCCUGAUCCCGCUGAUGAUUGGAAUUCUAUUUGUUGUGGACACGGCCUUGUUGGUUUUGACACAGAAGCAACUCCAUUUCCUCAUUGAAAAGGAGAGGAUCUUGGCAUCCAAAUACCCUGCAAAGGCUGGUAUUGAUGAUGAGUCUAAGGCUAAGUCCGAUGAUGAAGCUGAUCCUGAACCUGAACCUGAACCUGAACCUGAUCCUGAACCUGAUCCUGGGCCUGAUCCUGAGCCUGGGCCUGAUCCUGAGCCUGAUCCUAAUCCUGACUUGAUGCCAUUUUCAUUGGCAUCUGAUGUCACAGCAUAAGCCACAGAGCUUCAAGACCACAGAACAGACAUGUUGCUCCAGAAAUCAUUUUCUUCAUCUGUAAAAUGGAGAAAUGGAAGUAAAUAAUUUUUAAGUCCCUCCUACCUCUAGUAUUGUCUGCAUCUUUCUCUUUCUGUCUAUGCCCUUCCUCUUUAUCCUUGUUCUUGACACAUACACCCACAGAAUCUUCCAAGUCUUCCCUUCUGCCAAGCUUCCUUCCUCUUUCUACUUGAUCUCAGUAAAUAGACAGUAUCUUGUUCUUUCCCCUCACUCCAGAGGCUGAUUGUGAAGAAGAGCAUGGACAUGACUGGCUGAAGUGAACUGAAAUGUUACAUGGUUGUGCUAGGCUAUAUCAUCAUGUAAAGUAAUGAUAUUUCUCUCUGAGUUCUUAAGUGUGUUGCACAUUUUGAUUUUAUAGUAGCUGACACGGCAGAAAGAGAAAAAGAUGGAUUUAUUCACUAAGAAGGUUCUGAAGUAAUAAAGGUCAGUCAUUUGAAUAGCUGUUCUUCUUUGUAGGAGCACAACAAAAGGAAAACAAGCAACAACCCCCCCCCCCAAAAAAAAAGUAUAUGACCUUGGAGAUUCAAGCACUGCAUUGGAACUCAGGAGACCUGGGUUCUAGUUCCAGAUGUACCACUUACUAAAUGUGUGAACACAAGCAAAUGUAUUUCUCCUUAUGGGCCUCAUUUUCUUUGCCUGUAAAAUAGAAGGGUAGAAUUAAAAAAAAAUUGCAAGAGCCUUUCUUUAGUGUCAAUAUGUUAGCAACUUUCCUUCUGUGCCAUCACUUCUCAUCCUUAACCCUGAGGGGAGAUGAGGCUUCUGUGGAACCUUAGAAUGAAACUUUUCCCUUCCACAAUCCUGCUAUCUAUCCAUCAUUGGCAGUAACUCUUCUAGAUGUUGUUGUUCAGUCUUUUCAAUCAUAUCUGACUCUUUAUGACCCCAUUUGGGGUUUU